AUGUUCAACGACGACGACGAAUUUCCAAUGCAUCCGAUGCGAAAUUUCGGGUUGGUUUUUGGGCGGAAAUUCUUGAAAAAAUCGAACAAAUUUGCAGCCAAAUGCACUCUCAAAUGAUGAACGAAAUGAACAUGAUGACGGGCGGAAUGCUGCGCGGAAUGCUCGGCGGUCCGUUCGGCGGCAUGAUGGGCUCUCCGUUCGGCGGCAUGAUGGGCGGUCCGUUCGGCGCGGCGAUUACCGACGGAACCGGCCAACCGCCGACCCGCCGACGCCACGAACUCGAGAUGAACCCGUUCGCCCCUUUUGGAGGCCUUUUUGGCGGAAUGGUAAAAAAAUCGGCUUAAAUUGAGUGGAGCUAAGGCGUAAAACCGUCAAAAUCCUGGAAACGUACUGUCUCUUGAACAUUUUCGUGUAUUUUGAUGGCUGACAUCGUUCCGAACUCGAGAAACAUGUUCUAAUACAGUAUUUGCGCAUAAAUCAAUAGAAAAUGAAUCGAAACGAGUGUUUUUAUGCAAAAUGAGUUUCAGGGCAUGCCAAUGAUGGUGCCGGAUCCGUCGCAAGCGUCGAACAUGUUCAUGAGCACGAGUGUGAUGACGAUCGGACCGGACGGGCGGCCGCGUGUCGAGCAGCAGACCGUCCGCAGGGCCGGCGAUGUCACCGAGACCAAGAGGUACGCUUUUUACGCGAAAAAAUCAGCACUUCUGUUCGGUUUUGAAGCUUUUUCGGCACAAUGGCCUCGAAAACUAAAACUAGGCCACGAGAGUGUAUUUUGCAGACGCGUCGACAAGAACGGCGAAUCGUCGAUGACGAUCGGUCAUUCGAUCGGCGAGCGUUCGCAUUUCAUCGACAAAAAACGCGACCGCGAGGGAAAUGUGCGAAAACAACAGAGAUUCGUGAAUUUGGACGAGGGUAAGCCGUCGCGUUUUCUAGAAAAAUUAGCAUGGACUGGUGACGGUCACGGGUCCAUGGCAUUUUUCAGCUUUUUCACCCAUUUCUUCUCAUUUCCGCGUGGGUGUGGUCCCUCUCCGAUCACACACAUUUUUUGACGACACAGCUGUUUGUUGCCCAUCCGGUUUUCGAAAAUCAAAAAUCGUCUCUACUUCUCUUUGUCCCCUUUUUUUUUCGAUUAUCCAUUAGAACACAUUUCAUUGUCAAAACGGAUGCCGUUUAAUUUGAUAAACAAUUGGAAACUUCGGUGGGCAUCACUCACAGGGCGAAAUUCGGAAAUUUCAGGAGAAAAUCGUUUUUUUUUGCAGCCAACGCCGAGGACUUUGAUCGUGAAUUCUCGACGCGAAUCCGAAAUCCGAGUACUGGAAGACACGGACGAAGUGGAAAUCAGAGGGAAAUCGAUGACGGCAGAAGGAGAACGGACGUGGGAUCCGGCGGAAGGGCCCCGAUUGUGACGCUGCCCGAAGAGGAGGAACCGCAACAGUAAGCCACCGCUUUUAGGGGGAAAACGGAGAAUUUAGAGCCUGAAAUUUGUCUCGUUAAAAUAAUUGAAGACGUCACCUAUUUGUUUGCAGAUCUCGCUCGUCGCACUCGAAUCGCAUCGGAGGCCCACUGAUCCGCGAGAUCAGCGAGGAGGAGGCGGAGCAGCAGUCGAUUCCGAAGCGCCGACGUGGACUCUUCUAA